AUGAAUUUUCAUUCCUCAAGUAUAUCUGAAGAAGAUACCAUUAAAGGUAAAAGAUUAGAGUAUCCAACGCGACGUAGAAAAUCAUCAGAAAUCUCAGACUUCUAUUACACCGAUAGUGAUGACGGAAGCUCACAAGACAGUUUAGAUUCGAGUGAAAUUGCCGAAUUAUCUGAAAACGACUCCGAAGUUGAAAUUCGUCGAACUCCUUCAAAUUACUGUGCGCCGCCAACUAGCGGUCUUCUCAAAGUAUCCAGACCAAAAAAUAGCAGAUCUCGGGCUUUUUCGAAUCUCUCAGAUGUUGAUGAAUUGCCAGACUGCGCCCCUGGAAUAAGCAGGGCAAAAAUUAAAACAAACAAGACCAACAAUGAUGGUGAAGGCGUUAAAGGUGAAAGAACGUCUACCCACAUUUUGAAACGUUGGCAUCGAAGAAAGAGAGCAGGCCGAAGAUACUCGGUGACAAGUGAAAGUUCUUCCGAUUUGGGUAUUUCGACCUCAGAUAUUGACGAAAACUUGCCAAAAUCCGGUGAAAUUAAGUAA